AUGGACAAAGCCGUCGUCACGACAAAUAUCUAUCGAGACUUUGCUCAGAGUGUCGAAAAGUUUCAAAAGCAUCGGGGGAAUCCAGAGACACUCGUGUCUGCUCAUGGUUUGGCCGCAACAUUCAAGGAGAUUUGCACAAGACGUGCGACGCGUCAGCUUGCGGAUCAGCGACUGACGGAUGAGGAUCGAAAGAUGUUGAGACUAGAGGCGAAUACAUGGGACCUCCUUCAACGCGUUUACGAACAUCGCAGAAAACCGCAAAGCGAGGGUCGAACAGCACAAGAAUUGCUCAAGGCCAAUCCAUAUGUGCCCAUCGACGCGUUGUAUCGAGCUUGGCUUAGCUAUUCUCCUCGACUUGCCGAGUUGUGCGAGGUUCGAAAGUGGCUGGAAGCUACGUAUCGUCUUAAAGAACCGCCGCCGCUUUCAAGCGAAUACUGGAAGUUUACGCGAAUGGACUUGAAGCAAAAGAAAAGACAAGGGCAGACAGAACGCACAGGAUACGUCCGUACACUUGACCCGGAUGCAGUCAAUCGAAUUGGGGACUCGGGAGUGCUCAACGCGGACGAUGCACUAGAAGAAAAGCAGUUUAUCGUCUCUUUAUUCCAGUAUAUACGUGCAGGAAAGAUUGAGGACGCCGCGGCUCUCAGUCAACGGACCGCUCGACCAUGGAGAGCAGCCGUCAUCAGAGGGUCCCACCACCUCAGAUGGGAAGCACUGAAUGAUCCCCAUACAGACUCGGGACUCAACUCUCAGGAGGAUGUGUGGUCUGGAAAUCGUCGCUGGCUCCUCUGGAGACAGACAUGUGCACGGGCAGCGAUGAGCACUGCUCUCUCUACGGUAGACAAGGCAUUGCAUGCCGCCAUUUCUCCAUCUGUGCAAACCCUUCCGGCUGUACUACCCCUCUGCAAUUCAUGGGAGGAUCGUCUUUGGGCACGACUCUCCGCUCUGAUUGGUGACAGAAUAGAGGCAAGACUGCAAGAAACCGCAGGCGCGUUCUGGAAUCGCGGGACACUGCUUGACAGACUUGUGCUUCUGGAUCAGCUAGAGGGCGACACCAAACCGGUCGCCGGACAUGAUUCUGACUGGGAGGCGGUAAUUGCACAUCAAUUAGAAGAGCUCACAGAGGAGGCGGUUGACACCAAUCUUCCUAUGGAGGAUUUCUUGCGACGCUCACAACUGAGCAUUAUCCGUCGACAAAUGCAGCCGCUUUUGGCCGAGGUAGAGGAUACAUUCAAGCACCCAGACGAGCCGUUGCCUGCGUCCUCCAUUCGAUUCUUUGCCCAUGUUUGGCUUUUUCUCAACAUGAUCAAUGUCUCAAAUGAACUCACACAAUCGACAACGAUCAUUGAGAAGUAUAUCGAGAUUCUCCAGAAAUCUGGCGAGCGUGAUAUCGUCGCCUUGUAUACAUCAUUCCUCGGACACGCUGCGAUCAAGAAAUAUGCAGAUUUCCUGGCUGCCCUUCCUCUGAAAACUCCGCGGGCCGAGCUCGAACGUGGAUUGCGUAGCGCUGCUUCAUACCACCUGAACGUUCGACUAGUCGCCCAAGAGGCGGCAAAGCUGUCCCGAGACCGAGCUGCAAAACUUUUCCCUGCAGAGCCGGUUACCUUGCCCACAUUACCAGAGUUUGGUGGAGAUGAACCCCUUACAGAAGGCGAACAGCAUAUCAUUCGGUCCCUUGGGUGGCUACGAUUCCACCCCGUGACAAAAGACCUUAUCCUCAAACAGUCGAACGAGGACACCCGAUGGCUACUGUGUCGUGGACGUGUCAAAGCCGCCAUACAGCUAUCUGUAGAUCUUCCAGAGACCAUCAUCUCGGUCUCGGGAGACCCAUCUCAGGAGACGGAGUACAUGCUCUAUCGAAAGCUAUUCUCUCUCUGGGAUCAGUUCAUUAUCGUACAAAAAUUAAUCAGUUCAGAGCCCAGAGGCAUGCUGGACGGGGAUGGUUGGGGUCAUUGGAAGCGUCGAGUCAAGGAAGGUUUUGAACAAUUGUUCGAGACUGCAACUAGUGUCAUGACCGCAAACUGGGGUAUUGACAGUAUGGAUGAUGUCGACCAGCACGGGUUGACGGAGGAUGCCGAUGUUGUCCGUCUGAAAGAACUUCAGCGGAUCAGGAAAACGUUUAUCCCAGAGCUUGCAAUGAGGCUGACAAGACAGCUCAUCGACGCCCGUAUCUACGUUCCAAACGCGAUUACGAUGGUCACCCAAUUGGCCAAUCUUGUCGCGGACGGAAAGGACAAACUUCAUCUGGACUUUGUUUAUGGUGGAAAUAAUCGAAUAGCGGAAUACCUGCUUCUCGUCCCACUCUAA